AUGUCCGGUGUACUGCGCGUGCCCAACGGCAUCAAUAGUGACCCUUCCGGGGGGAUGACACUGACAAUUCUCGGAUGUGGCACUCUCGGUAUCGCCAUCCUCAGUGGGAUCCUCUCCUCCCUCUCCGAAUCCUCUGCCUCACAUGCUCCAUCUCCUGCAUAUCCCGACUCCGGCACCGCGACUCCCACCACCGAAUCCCCUCCGCCGCGUACACCGACAAACUUCAUCGCCUGUGUGCGCCGUCCUGAAUCGGCAAAGCGCGUCAGAGUUGCGGUUCAAUCGUACCGGCCGAGUGUGACGAUCCUGCAGAACGAAAACGUCAAGGGGACGCAGAACGCUGAUGUGGUUAUACUGGGAUGUAAGCCAUAUAUGGUCGCCGACCUUCUGCGCGAGGAAGGGGUGAAAGAAGCCCUCGCCGGGAAGCUUCUGAUCUCAAUCUGUGCUGGUGUUCCCGUCGAACAAAUCGGUCGGGUCCUUUACGGCGAGUCAUAUCCAGAGGGCAUCCCCGACAACGCCUGCCGGAUAGUAAGAGUCAUGCCCAACACCGCCGCGAUUGUGCGCGAGUCCAUGACCGUCAUCGCCAACUCCACCCCUCCCUUACCUACCGAGCUAUCGUCGAUAGUUGAGUGGAUCUUCACGCGGAUCGGCCGAGUCGUGCACCUUCCACCGGGAAUGAUGGACGUUUCCACCGCCUUGUGCGGUUCUGGGCCCGCAUUCCUCGCACUGAUGCUUGAGUCUCUUGCAGACGGCGCCGUCGCAAUGGGCCUCCCUCGUGCAGAGGCUCAACUCAUGGCUGCGCAGACGAUGCGAGGGACGGCAGGGAUGGUCCUGUCCGGGGAACAUCCUGCGCUGGUGAGGGAAAAGGUGUCCACCCCCGGAGGUUGCACGAUCGGUGGGUUGUUGGUGUUGGAGGAGGGCAGGGUCCGAGGAACAGUGGCAAGGAGUGUCCGAGAGGCAACAGUCGUUGCAGCGCAGCUGGGUAAGGGCGUUAGUGGCGUCAAUGGGACGAGAUUUGAGAGGCAAUAG